UGGGACAUUUCCAUAAUUCAGUAGGGUUCCAUGCUCUUGAUUCACCUGUAUUGGAAGCUCAAUCUCUUAAUUAUAUUAGUCUUCCUCUGUUUAUUGACAACUUCAUUCUUCUAGUGGAGAGAUGCAGUGGGUAUGAGGUUACCUACUCCAGGUUUCUGCUAGUGUAUCCAACAGCACAAACUGACUGUGUGCACUCCAUCAAUAUUUAAUGAUUUUCUUUUUCUAGAUACAGAUUAUGGAGAAAGCGGAAGGGAGAAAUCAAACGCCCAUCGUGGAAUUCAUCCUCUUAGGAUUUGGGAAUGCCCCUGAACUUCAGCCCCUUCUCUUCCUCGUGUUUCUAGUGAUCUACAUUGUGACUGUUGCAGGGAACAUCCUUAUUAUUGCGCUGGUUGUGACUGAUCAGCACCUUCACAUCCCCAUGUACUUCUUACUGGGGAACUUGUCCUGCUUGGAGACCUGUUACACCUCAACCAUCCUGCCCAGGCUGCUGGCCAGUCUCCUGACUGGGGACAGAUCCAUUUCUGUUAAGGGCUGCAUUCUGCAAUUAUACUUAUUUGGUGUCAUGUCAUCUACAGAAUGUUUGCUGCUCACGGCGAUGUCUUAUGAUCGGUAUGUAGCGAUAUGCAAUCCACUCCGUUAUGCUGCUCUGAUGAAUGGCAGGGUUUGUUUCCAGCUAGUGGCAGGGUCCUGGAUAAGUAGCCUUGUGGGCUGUGCCAUAGCACAUAUUUUCUUGUUCCGAUUAACGUUCUGUAAUUCGAAAGAAAUUGAUCAUUUCUUUUGUGAUUUUUCACCCAUCAUAAAGCUGUCCUGUGAUGAAACCCAGACACUUCAACUGGUAACAUUUAUUGUCUCUGCCAUAGGGACACUUGUGCCCUGUCUAUUGACUCUGACAUCCUACAUUUGUAUCAUCACCACCAUCCUGAGAAUCCCUUCCACCACAGGGAGGCAAAAGGCCUUUUCCACCUGCUCCUCUCACCUCAUUGUGGUUUCACUUUUCUAUGGGACACUGAUUACUGUCUAUGUGGCUCCAACAGCUAACACUCCCAAGGUCCUACACAAACUAUUCUCAGUCUUCUACACAGUCCUGACUCACAUGAUGAAUCCUGUCAUCUACACCCUGAGAAACAAAGAGGUCAAUGAGUCCCUGAGAAAAGCUAUUCUUAAACUGAUUGUUUUCAGAAAAGGCAUAGACUCUUAAAGGACAAAUUUUACCAUGUAAAAAAACAGA